AUGACACUAUCCUCUGUGGCUAUCAUUAUGGUCCAUCGUAAAGACGUGGCCAUCCUAAGCGAUCUUACGAACAAAACGGGUGUAUCAACGGUCACCUACACGCUAAGCCUCAAAUUCCAACUUGAGGAAAAUGUUCGAGUGACCAGGCUAUUGAUGUUCCUCUCUGUGGGGUAUUCAGUGUGGGGAUUUUUUUCAUCUGGACUUUUUGGAUCAGCAUUUAUAAUUUUCGAUUCGACGGAUCCACUUGGACAGUUAUUCUAUGCGUUGUUCAACAACUAUAUCGCCCUUUCCCUCGCAAUAUUGGCCUGGUGGUUGCUGUGGACUAUUGGAGGUCUUCGACAAGUGCUGAGAACCCGAUUCGCAUCGUGUUGUGGCAUCCUGAAAAUCAACGUCGAACAACCCUCUGCAAUAUCCAAAGAAAACGAUCAUCGUAUUGAUGAUCACUUCAAUCAACUGCAAGCGGCCUGGGCUCCAUAG